AUCUUUAGCGAUGGCAAGAAUCAAGAUCUCUAAAGGGCAUUGUUCCUCAACCUUCCCAAAAAUGAAAAGCUUCGGUCCCUAAAUCCUCACAUCCACGGGCACAGAGAGAGAGGGAGAGAGAUGUUUCAAAGCAGAGUGUUUGCUUCAAUCUUGAAGAGAAACAAAGGAGCAUCCAUCAUCAACAAUGCAAUAACCAAUCUCAGAGGAACAAAAAUAACACCUUUCAGUCACUUGAGAGACAUCCAUCAACAACAGAACCCACCAUCAAGAUCCUUCCUUUAUGGCUUCAAAUCACUCUCCAAGGGUCAUAACUGUCAGUAUGUGCCAUCAUCAACGAGGAAAAUGUCAACUGUAGCUGCUUCUGUUGGAAGUGAAAGUAAAGAGGGUCUUAGAUUGCUGGUAAAAGGAGGGCCUAAAGCUCAAAAAAUGGUGGGUAUAUGGCUAUUUGGCUCUGCUGCUUGGGUUUUCAGCAUGGUGAUUCUUGGUGGUGUUACACGGUUAACAAGGUCUGGUCUUUCAAUGACUGAUUGGAAAUUUACUGGUGGUCUUCCUCCUUUAUCAAACGAGGACUGGUUGAUUGAGUUUGAGAAGUAUAAGCAAUCACCUGAGUAUAAAAUUGUAAAUAAAGGGAUGAAUGUUGAGGAUUUCAAAUUUAUUUACUGGAUGGAAUAUGCACAUCGAAUGUGGGGAAGGGGAUUAGGGAUCAUUUUUGCUUUGCCAUUUUCAUGGUUUCUGAGAAAAGGGUAUGUAACUGUGAGACUUGGAGCUAAACUUUGUGGUCUUUUUGCUCUCGGUGCUGGCCAAGGUUUAAUUGGUUGGUGGAUGGUUAAAAGUGGUUUAGAGGAGCCAGCAUCUGAAUAUGCUCAGCCGAGAGUAAGCCCUUACCGUCUUGCAGCGCAUCUUACUUCGGCAUUUGUUAUUUAUAGUGGGCUUUUUUGGACUGCUCUUUCUGUUGUAAUGCCUGAACCCCCUGCGGAAUCUUUAGCUUGGGUUCGUGGGGCGGCGAAGGUAAAGAGGCUUGCCCUUCCUGUAAGCCUUAUUGUAGGGGUUACUGCCGUGUCAGGAGCAUUUGUAGCUGGAAAUGAUGCUGGGCAUGCAUUUAACACUUUCCCAAAGAUGGGUGAUACAUGGAUUCCUGAUGAUAUAUUUGAUUUGAAACCAGUAAUUCGCAACUUUUUUGAAAAUACAUCGACAGUGCAGCUUGACCACCGUAUCCUUGCAAUCACAAGCUUGACUUCAAUUGGUGCUUUAUGGUGGUUCACAAGAAAGUUGGACAUACAUCCAGCUGUGAAAUCUUUGAUUGGAGCGACUGUUGGCAUGGCUACUCUUCAGGUAUCCUUGGGGAUAUCAACCCUUCUAUCAUAUGUUCCUGUAUCACUAGGAACUGCACAUCAGGCUGGGGCUUUAACACUCCUGACGUUUAUGAUUCUGCUCAAUCACACUGUGCGGAAGCCAUCCGCAUCUCUUCUCAAGUCACUGCCCCAAGUUGUGAAGACAGCCAUGUGAUGAGCCUAGAGCUUUGCUAGGAGAACUAGGUUAGUUUAAUCAAAUAGAGAUUCUUUUACUGGACCCUUGAUGUUGUUAUAAUUCAAUUUAAUAUUCAUAUUUAGGAUCCACUAUUUGAGGGCAAAAGAGGGAUCGCGUUCUUGGUUUGCUUGUAUUGCGGAAGCAUUAGGAACCAUGCAAACCCCAUCAUUUUGUAUUAAUUGAAAUUUGAGUGAUAUUUUGGAGAUCUCUGCCUCCAGCUUUAGAUGCUCUCUUAAGUGAUGUUACGCCAAGUAUUCGUUUAUUGAAAACUUUUAAUCUA